AAUGUCUUCCUGUUAUCACUGCAAAAUGGUGCAGUGCUUCCUCAGACUUGCACAGAGAACAGUGCGCCUGCAUGCCAAUCAUCAUGGAGGCAAAGUUUUCUUCUAGAAUUUAAGGCAACAUGGGCUUCCGGUCGGAUGACUACACAGUGGAAGUGCGUAUCAACGACUAUCUGGACAUAAUCUGCCCCCACUACACCCACGGCGUGGUGUCAUCUCAUGCAGCUGAGCGAUAUGUGCUCUACAUGGUGGAGAAGGAGGACUACGACGUGUGCAAGCCUCACUCCUUCGACCAGCUCCGUUGGGAGUGCUCGCGGCCGUUCGCUCCCCACGCUCCUGAGAAAUUCUCUGAGAAAUUCCAGCGUUUUACACCCUUCACCCUUGGCAAGGAGUUCAGACAGGGAGAGAGCUAUUAUUAUAUCUCCAAGCCAAUGCAUCACCAUGGCCAGGACUGUCUGAGGCUGAAAGUGGAUGUUGUCGGGCAUAAAGGCUCCGGAAAGCCCAAUCAAGAUAAAUCUAAGGUGGAAGAUACAGGAAAAGGCUUUGCUGGAGGAAAAGCUGUGUUUCCUGAUGUUCACAACCCUUCUAACAGGCUCCCAGCAGAUGACCCUAAUGUGGAAAGGCCAAACGUCCUGAGGAGCGUUGGCAGUUCAGGAGCUCAGCUGGUCUCCUUUUCACUCUUCUUCACGUUGAUGCCAGUCCUAUUAGCUCUGAUGCUACACUAAGGCUGAGCAGGACGCCACAACAAGGACAAUGCUAACCCAGUGCCGGUCACUGGGACCCGAAUGAACACUCAGUGACUUUUUUAUACAGAUUUUUUAUACAAGCAUGGACCGUGCUGUCGUGUGUGUGUGUGUGUGUGUGUGUGUGUGUGUGUGUGUGUGUGUCUGUGUGUGUCUGUGUGUGUGUGUGUGUGUGUUUGUUUGUGUGAAUGCGGGACGUGGAUCGUUCCAAAGAAGAGGACCUUUUUUUUUAUUAUGAGGAUGGAAAUUCUCAUUUUUGACCGUUUUCAGAUGCACUCUUUUUUUCAGUCAUUACGAACAAAACUGCAAGCAAACUGAUCAAAAUACUGAAUUUCAAAAUGACAAGAGGAUUAAAGUGUCUUCAUUAUCACAUGUUUUUCAUCAAUUGGUACCAACUUGCAUCAUGCUCCUCAUCUCCAGCUGUUAAUGUCAUUUUUUUUUCUUCCUCUACAUGUAGAGAAAUUAUUAAUUCUGCAUAUUGGAAAUGUUGUCGUCUACUGCCAAAGUGGUAUACAUUAUGUAGGAUUUUUGUCAUGUUGUUGUGUAGCACUCAGCUCCCUGUUGUAUCUCCUCCAGUCUGUCGUAGCACCAUUGUGACCUCCAUCGUCACUGUGGUUUGGAUGAACACCAUUGAAAGCAUCAGUUUUUUAGUUCAGUUACAAGAAAACACUGGAAACAAAUUGUCUAAACCAGACCAGUGGUUCUGUACCUUUUUUUAAUGAAUAAAGUAAACCUUUAGUGCCACUAAGGGAAUUUGCUUUGCACAAAAAGCAUACAAGAAUAACAUAAGAACAGCAACAACCAUACAUAACAGCACGUAAUAUAACAUAAGCAUAAUAAAAACAUCUCAAAAAGCAUACAUUUUUAAGCCCAUGAACCCUUAAACUGCUGCUCAGUGUUUAAUUAAAUGCACCGGAAUUAAUUUGGAGCCUAGAAAUAUAUAUUUAUUUCCAGCAAUUUCAUUUUGUCUGCUUCUGAAUAUUAUUUCUUAGUUUCUUUUGUUCAGACACCCUUGUCUGAACAAAAGAAACUAAGAAAUAAUAUAUAUUUAUGGUAUGUGUCACAGGUCCUCACCAGUCAUUCACAAGUUCUCAUGAGGGGUUUGUGACCAGAGGUUGAGAGCCACUGAUCAAGAGACGGAUGCAUUAAGAUACAGUUUCAAACCAACAGGGGUACUAGGGAGCUGAGCUUCAGUCCUUAUGGUUGUUCACUCAUUUCUACUGUACAUGGUACACUGGCCGAUGUGAUUCCACUUGCACAUCGUCAAACCUCAAACUGAAGGGACAUCCAGAAUACAUUUUCAGUUGUUUGUUUUCUUGUUAAACAUGCUUGUGUCAUGUUGUAGCUGUUUAUAUGUCAAUAUGUACAUAGAGAAAACUAUAAGAAACUGUUUUAAGAUGUGAAAAAAACUUUAGUGAAAUAAAAAAAAAGUGACCUGAAGAAAA